UUUUUUGUUAGUGGCAAGACCUGGAGAGAAGUGCCAUCUCUUUGCUGUUGGGCGUCAUGGUCUCAAUGAAGGUGUCCAUCCUGUGCUUCCUACUGACCACUGGGUUUGCUCUUGUCACUCUGGCCUCUGCUCCAGUUGAAGAGGAGAAUCCAGAGUUUUGGAGGGCCCAGGCUCAGACUACACUGAAAACGUCUCUGAGCAGGAAGCUCAACACUAAUGUGGCCAAAAACGUCAUGCUGUUUCUGGGAGAUGGGAUGGGCAUCACCACCAUCACAGCUGCCCGUAUCCUGAAAGGCCAGCUGCAGAAUCAGUUGGGGGAGGAAACAGUCAUGACCAUGGAUACGUUCCCUCAUGUGGGCCUUGUUAAGGUAUAUACAGUAGAUUUUCAGAUUCCAGACAGUGCUGCCACAGCAACAGCGUACCUGUGUGGUGUGAAGACCAACCUGAACGUGGUGGGUAUGAGCGCAGCUGCGAAAAACGGAGUGUGUCGCACAGAGAAGGGCAAUGAGGUCACAUCUAUUCUGCAGUGGGCUAAAGAUGCAGGAAAGUCAGUGGGUAUAGUGACCACCACGCGUGUUCAGCAUGCGACCCCGGCAGGUGCGUACGCUCACAGCUGCAGCAGGAAGUGGUACAGUGAUGCUGAUAUGCCAGCUGCAGCUAAACGAGACGGCUGCAGGGACAUCGCCGCCCAGCUCAUCAACAACACUGAUAUUGAUGUGAUUAUUGGUGGAGGACGGAAGUACAUGACCCCCAAAGGUACAGCCGACCCCGAGUAUCCCGCGGAUGCGAGCGCUAAUGGCAACAGACAAGAUCAACGCAACCUGAUAGAGGAGUGGAUCAGCCAGAAGAAAGGAAAGGUGGCUCAUUACGUGUGGAAUAAGGAUGACUUUGACAGAGUGGACCCAGAGAAUACAGACUACCUGAUGGCCCUCUUUGAACCUGUCGAUAUGAGGUUUGAGGUGGAGAGAGACCCACUCAUGGAUCCGUCCAUCAUCGAGACCACCGAGAAAGCCAUCCGCAUCCUGCAGAAGAACCCUAAAGGCUUCUUUCUACUGGUGGAGGGCGGGCGUAUUGAUCAGGGUCACCAUGCCAGUCGAGCCUCCAUGGCGCUGCACGAAGCCGUUGCCCUUGACAACGCGGUCGCCCGGGCUCUGGAAAUGACCAAGGAGGAUGAGACGCUGACUGUUGUCACCGCUGACCACUCCCACUCGCUGUCAUUUAACGGGUAUCCUUUCAGAGGGAACAGCAUUCUGGGUAAAUCUCCUCUCUUCGGAUUAGACAUGCUUCCAUACACCACUCUGAUGUAUGGGAACGGCCCUGGACACAAAAUCACCAACAACAAGCGACCCGACAUCCGCAAUGUGGACACCAAAAGUAAGGACUACGUCCAGCAGGCGGCUGUCCCCCUGGACUCGGAGACACAUGGUGGGGAGGACGUGGCGGUUUUGGCCCGGGGCCCGAUGGCGCAUCUUUUCCAGGGCGUGAAUGAGCAGAGUUACUUGGCUCAUGCCAUGGCCUACGCUGCAUGCAUCGGGGACAACCAGCAGCACUGUGCUUCCACCACCACCCCCACCAAUAACAACGCUGGCAGGGCACGAAGCUCCGCCCCUAUCUCCCCUCUCAUCUCUGCACUUCCGGUGCUGUUAGGGGCAUUACUGAGUUUGCUUCUGUACUGAGAGAAAGACUGAAUGGUUAAUUUCUGCAUUCUGAUUUUUAUUAUCUCUUGUUUUAUAGUGAUUUCUGGUUAGUAGUUGACCUUGACUAAAUUACGAUCAAUGUAAAUGUUAAUAAAUUCCAUAAAUAAAGUG